AUUGUCGCCUUACUUAUUGACAGGGAAAGUCAGUCUCUGUCAGUUCUGAUUCAGCAAGAAGCGUCGAGUGAAGUUCUUGUUUAGCUACAUUCUGCGGCUAACAUCAAAAUGAAACUCCUCUUUCUUCUCUUCCUGGUGAUAAAUGGAGCGCACGCGGCCACACAUUCGCUGAAAUACUUCUACACAGCAACUUCAGGAAUACCUAACUUCCCAGAGUUUGUAACAGUGGGGCUGGUGGAUGGCCUGCCUAUCUCAUACUACGACAGUAAGAUCCGCAGAGAGACGCCUCGUCAGGAUUGGAUGGCUGAAACUGAGGGUCCUGAGUACUGGGAUCAACAGACUCAGGUCUCCAUCGGUUCUGAGCAGACCUUCAAAGCCAACAUAGAUAUUGGCAAGCAGCGCUUCAACCAGAGUGGAGGUGUACACACAGUCCAGUGGAUGUAUGGUUGUGAGUGGGAUGAGGAGACUGGAGCUACAGAUGGGUAUGAUCAGGAUGGUUAUGAUGGAGAGGACUUUAUAUCUCUGGAUCUGAAGAACCUGAGAUACAUCGCUCCAGUGCAGCAGGCUGUCAUCACCAAACACAAGUGGGACCAGAACAGAGCUCAGCUUGAGAACCGGAAGCACUACCUCACCCAGGAGUGUAUUGACUGGCUGAAGAAGUAUGUGGACUAUGGGAAGAGCACUCUGAAGAGGACAGUCCUCCCCUCCGUGUCUCUGCUCCAGAAGAGCCCCUCCUCUCCAGUCACCUGCCACGCUACAGGCUUCUACCCCAGAAGUGUCAUGGUGUUCUGGAGGAGAGAUGGAGACCAGGUGUACGAGGAUGUGGAGCAUGGAGAGGUUCUCCACAAUGAGGAUGGAACCUUCCAGAACAGUGUUCACCUGACAGUGAAGCCUGAGGACCUGGACAGCGGGAGGUAUGAGUGUGUGGUUCAGCUCUCAGGGGUUCAGGAGGACUUUGUCACCAAACUGGAGCGCUCUGUGGUGAAGACCAACCAUGGAAACACUGGAAGGACCAACCCAGGUGCAGAAGGUUCUGGUUCCUCUGGUCUCAUCAUUGGAGCUGUGGUUGCUGUUCUUCUGCUGGUCGCCAUCGUCUGUGGAGUCGUCAUCUGGAAGAAAAAGAAGAAUGCCAAGAAAGGAUUUGCUCCAGCUAACACCUCUGAUGAUGGAUCUAACUCCUCCAAUAACACAGCACCAAAAGCAUGAGGCCUUUCUGUUUAACCAAUCACAGAAGUGAUGCAGAGGAGAGAGGGCACAGACUAACUCACUUGAGUGAUAUGCAGAAAGACACCAAGACAAAUUAACCUACAACAGAACCUUCUCUCAUAAUGACUCAAAAAUAAUGAUUACUGAUCUUUCUAUGUCUGAAAUAUUUCUCUGAUCAGCUAAAAGAUAAACACUAUCAAUCAGAUCUUAAUGAGUAAUUUGUUUGAUAGUAGUUUGUAAACACCAACUUCUCUUCCGAAUGUUUUCAAUCUGGUUCCAGUCUUCUUUAUGUUCUGCUUCAGGGUUGUAUAGCCGUUUAACUCAGAAUGGUGUAUAAAUUAUCUUCACUCUUCAACAGCUUUAUAUUGAUUAUGUUGGCUUAACAUUUAAUAUUGUCAAGAUUUUUUAAUGAAUGUUCUAAUAAGUGGUUGGUUUCAUUCCUUUAUUUGUUUUGAUGUAGAAUAUAUAAAACUUUUAUUGAGAAAGAAGGUGUGCACUUCCAUGCAUGAAUCACUUUCACAUGUAACAAACAGACAUCAUUACAGAGAUACAAUGCAAACAUUCAUUCAUCAGAAACAAAUCCAUCCAACUAUUGCUAACUCAGUCCAACCUGUUUUAACAAUGUUGGUUCAUUCCACACAAACAAUGGCCAUGACUAUAAACGAUAUAACUAUAAAGCCUAUAUGGCUAUGAAUUGUUUAUUAUUUAAUUUGACUCUUAGUUUUAAGAUUACAAGUGAGUAAGAAUUGCAAUACCGGUCAGAUGGAUGUUUGUUUAUAUUGCAGUGUAAAGAAUUCUAUUUUAGUUAAGUAUCUCUUGUACUUUCUUAUUGUUUCAUUCAAAUGUUUUGGGAUUGUUUUUUACUAGCUUGAUAAAAGUGGUGGUGGGACUAUUGGAUGGGUUUCAGUGCAUAUGGGUAACUUUUAGUUAAGGUUUUUAAGUUUGACAUUAAACAUACAUUUGAGAUAAAAUUCACUUGUACUGUAAAUCUAAAAUAAAUGUACAAAAAUGGA